CAUCUGCACCGCGGAGCUGGACGGGCCGGCCAGAAUGUGGAGAGCACUGCUACUUAAACUCCUUCUCGUCUUCAUAUGCUGUGUUAGAUGGUGCCACUCUGAAGGAUGUGCGUUGGGGCAGUUCCGCUGUGGGACAGGUCGAUGUAUCCCAGGUGACUGGCACUGUGACGGGACGUCGGAUUGCGUUGACGACUCCGAUGAAUUCGACUGCCCUCAGGUAACCUGUGAAAACAGUCACUUCCAGUGUCUCAGUGAUGGCGAGUGUAUCCCAGACAUAUGGGUGUGUGAUGAAGAGGAGGACUGUGAGGACGGCUCAGAUGAGAGGCAACACUGCCCUGGAAGGACGUGCACCAGUGGUCAGUUCAGCUGCACUAACGGCGCGUGCAUCCCGGGAGAAUACCGGUGUGACCGACUGGCAGACUGCUCGGACGGUUCGGAUGAGAGAAACUGCCAUUACCCCGAGUGUACACAGCUAAGGUGUGCUAAUGGGGCCUGCUACAACAGGACUCAACGCUGUGACCAGAUACUGGACUGCCGUGACGGCUCUGAUGAGGCCAAUUGCACACAGCACUGCAAUGCAGGCUUGUUCUCGUGUCGUAAUGGGGCGUGCGUUCCUCAGCGCUAUGUCUGUGAUCACGACGACGACUGUGGAGACCGGAGCGAUGAGCUAAACUGCACAUAUCCCACAUGUAGAGGAAACUACUUCACCUGCCCCAGCGGCCGCUGUAUUCACCAAGUCUGGCUUUGUGAUGGAGAGGAUGAUUGUGAGGACAAUGCAGACGAAAAAGGCUGCGAUAAUGUGCCGCGGGAGUGUUACCCAGGGGAGUGGCCCUGUCCGUCUUCUGGCCUUUGUAUCCCGAUAGAAAGGCUUUGUGAUGGGACAGCUCACUGUCCCGAAGGAGAGGACGAAACCAACACCACUGCUGGGCGCAACUGCAGUAUCUGGAAAUGUGCUUCUCUGAGCUGUGAGCAUCAUUGUCAUGCCUCCCCUGAUGGGGGAACCUGCUCUUGUCCAUCUGGAUACAUUGUCAACAGCAAUAACAGCCGCUCCUGUAUCGAUUUCGAUGACUGCUCCAUGUGGGGCGUGUGCGACCAGCUGUGUGAGGACCGGAUAGGCUCCCACCGCUGCAGCUGCCGGGAGGGCUACACCUUAGAGCAGCACCGAUACUGUCGAGCUGACCCCACCACUGGAGUUCCUUCCUUGAUAUUCUCUAAUGGCAGAGAUCUGCUAAUAGGUGACAUCCAUGGCAGCAAUCUACGCACUUUGGUUAAUUCACAGAACAGAGGAAUGGCUGUGGGAGUGGACUUCCACUAUAAUCUCCACAUGAUUUUCUGGACAGAUACAAUCCAAAACAAGGUGUUUUCUGUGGAUAUGGAUGGUUCCAACAUGCAGGUGGUUUUAAAUGUAUCAGUUGACUACCCUGAGAAUUUGGCAGUGGACUGGGUGAACAAUAAACUGUAUGUAGUGGAGGCCAGCGUCAACAGGAUCGACAUGGUGGACUUUGAUGGAAGUAACCGGGUCACACUCAUCACCGAAAACCUGGGAAACCCUAGAGGACUGGCAGUGGACCCCACCGUCGGGUAUAUGUUCUUCUCAGAUUGGGAGGCACUAAAUGGACAGCCAGGCCUGGAGCGAGCCUUUAUGGAUGGGACCAACCGUUACGGGAUCAUUGGGAGUAAACUGGGCUGGCCUGCUGGCAUCACACUGGACAUUGAGGCCAAGCGCGUCUAUUGGGUUGACAGUCGCUAUGACUACAUAGAAACGGCAACAUAUGACGGUCUCCAUCGAAAAACAGUGGUCCAUGGAGGGGCUGCGGUCCCGCAUCCAUUCGGCAUCAGCCUCUUUGAGCACAACGUCUACUUUACUGACUGGACCAAGAUGGCCGUCAUGAGAGUCAACAAGUUCACUGACAGCAGUCCUGAGGUGGUUUACAGCACGUCGCAGUCUCCACAUGGAGUGGCAGUGAUACAUCAGCUGAAACAGCCACAAGUUCCAAACCCGUGCAGUGUGGACAGAGGUGGAUGUGAGCAGAUAUGUGUGCUGAGUCACAGGAGUGACAAUGGGGGACUGGGUUAUCGCUGCAAAUGCCGCAUGGGCUACGACCUGCACGCUGAUGGGAAGCGGUGUUUGGCUGUGAGGCAGUUUCUGCUGUUCUCCAGCCAGCUGGCCGUGAGAGGAAUCCCCUUUAACCUCUCCUCCCAAGAGGACAUCAUCCUGCCUGUGACUGGAUCCCCCUCCUACUUUGUCGGAGUGGAUUUCAGUGCUGAGGAUGAUGCUAUCUUCUUCUCGGACACCGCCAAAGAUAUUAUCUAUAAACAGAAGGUGGAUGGCACAGGCAGGGAGGUGCUGGCUGCCAAUAGGGUGGACGGAGUGGAGGACCUGGCUUACGACUGGAUUUCAAAAAACCUCUACUGGACUGACCCCAGAUACAGGAGCAUAUCUGUGAUGAAGCUGGCUGAUAAGUCCAGGAGGGCUAUCGUACAGAAUCUCAACAACCCAAGGGCCAUUGUGGUGCACCCUCUGAUUGGGUAUAUAUUUUGGACUGACUGGUACCGGCCGGCAAAGAUUAUGAGGGCUUGGGGUGACGGGUCACAUGCCCUGUCCAUUGUAAAUACAACUCUUGGCUGGCCAAACGGACUGGCGAUCGACUGGAGCUCAAUGCGUUUGUACUGGGUGGAUGCCUUCUUUGACAAAAUUGAGCACAGCAACUUUGACGGACAAAACCGUCUUUCUUUGGACCGCAUAACUCAGAUCUCCCAUCCGUUUGGUCUGACCAUUUUUGAAGGCUAUGCCUAUUUCACUGACUGGCGCCUGGGUGGGAUCGUGCGUGUGCGCAAGACCGAUGGUGGGGAGAUGGUCAUUAUCAGACGAGGAAUCAGUCACAUCAUGCACGUCAAGUCUUUCAACUCCAACUCCCAGAUCGGUUCCAACUUCUGCAACAGGCAGACCAAUCCCAACGGAGACUGCAGCCACUUCUGCUUCCCGGCCCCAGACUCCCAAAGGGUGUGCGGCUGCCCAUAUGGCAUGAAGCUGUCGCCAAACCAGCAGACGUGUGUGGAGGACCCGUCCAACGAGCCCCCCACGCUGCAGUGCGGCGCCAACUCCUUCUCCUGUGGCAACGGCAAAUGUGUCCCAAACAGCUACAGAUGCGACGGUGUUGACGACUGCCAUGACAACAGUGACGAAGUCAACUGUGGAAUCAACAAUACCACUUGUUCCCCCUCUGCAUUCACCUGUGCCAAUCAACACUGUGUGCCUGUCAGAUGGCGCUGCGAUGGGCACAACGACUGUUUUGAUAACAGCGACGAGGCCAACUGCCCCACGCAGGUGCCCGGAACGUGUCCCGCCAAUCAGUUCUCCUGCGCCAACCACCGCUGCAUCCCACACACAUGGCGCUGCGACACGGACAACGACUGUGGGGACGGUUCAGAUGAAGCUGACUGCUAUCUGGGAAGCACUUGUCAUCCAGGACAGUUCCAGUGUCCGGACCACCGCUGCAUCGACCCUAACUACGUGUGUGACGGGGACAGGGACUGUGUGGAUGGCGCUGAUGAGCAGGGCUGCAUCUACAACUGCACUGUGAAUGAGUUCAAGUGCUCCAGUGGCCACCAGUGCAUCAACUCCUACUACCGAUGUGACGGGGUCUUCGACUGCAGCGAUCGCUCAGACGAACGAAACUGUCCCACCAGGCCGCCAGGGAUGUGCCACCACGAGACGGAGUUUCAGUGCCAGUCUGACGGGAGCUGCGUUCCGUCCACAUGGGAGUGCGACGGACACCCCGACUGCGAGGACGGCAGCGACGAGCACCACGCCUGUCCGCCCCGCACCUGCCCCUCCUCCCUCUUUCGCUGCAACAACGGAAACUGCGUCUUACAAAGCUGGAUUUGUGACGGGGACAACGACUGCAGGGACAUGAGCGAUGAGAGAGACUGUCCCACGCCGCCUUUCCGGUGUCCGAGCUGGCAGUGGCAGUGCCCCGGCCACAGCGUCUGCAUCAAUCUCACCACGGUGUGCGAUAACACUCCCGACUGCCCCAACGGCGCUGACGAGUCCCCGCUCUGCAAUGAACCUUUGCCAGAUCAGGAGAGCUGCUCCGACAACAAUGCCGGCUGCACCCACGGUUGUAUCCAAGGCCCUUUCGGGGCCCAGUGUACGUGCCCUGUGGGAUAUCAGCUGAGCAAUGACUCCAAAACCUGUGAGGAUAUGGACGAGUGUAAUCCGCCGGGACUGUGCAGUCAACACUGCUUUAAUGAACGAGGCUCUUUCCGCUGCCACUGCCAGGACGGGUACACUCUCGAAGCGGACCAGCGGACCUGUAAGGCCUCAGAUUCCCGUCAGGCAUUCCUGCUUGUGGCCAGUCGGAAUCAAAUUGUGCAGGAUGACAUUACCGCUCAGCCUAAUGUUGUCCGGUCACUCGUUAGAGACGGACGCAACAUUGUGGCCGUAGAUUUCGACUCCGUCGCUGACAGGGUGUACUGGUCUGAUACGAGCCAGGACCGAAUCUGGAGUUCUCACAAGAACGGCAGCGACAGGACAGUGAUUUUUGACAGUGGAGUGACUGUGACAGAGAGUCUCGCUGUGGACUGGGUAGGCAGGAACUUGUAUUGGACUGAUUAUGUCCUGGAGACGAUUGAAGUGUCAAAACUGGACGGCUCCCAUCGGACUGUAUUGAUUAGUGAAAAUGUCACCAAUCCUCGAGGCCUGGUGCUGGACCCACGAGACAGCGCUCACCUGAUGUUCUGGACCGACUGGGGGAGAAACCCCCGUAUUGAGAGGGCCAGCAUGGAUGGGAAACUGAGGACUAUUAUCAUUAGCAGCAAACUGUACUGGCCCAAUGGUCUCACCAUUGAUUAUCCAAACAAUCUGUUGUACUUUGCUGAUGCUUACCUGGACUUCAUUGACUACUGCGACUAUAAUGGCAAUAACAGGAAGCAAGUGUUGGCCAGUGAUCUGGUACUGCAACAUCCCCACGCAAUUACCAUUUUUGAGGAUUUUGUGUAUUGGACCGACAGAUACAUCAACCGUGUGAUGCGAGCACAUAAGUGGCAUGGGGAGAACCAGACAGUGAUGCUGUUCAACCUCCCUCAGCCCAUGGGUCUGGUGGCAGUCCACCCAGCCAGGCAGCCCGCAGGGGAAAAUCACUGCUUGAGGAGUCCAUGUUCUCAUAUCUGCCUGCUUUCUGCUGUGGGACCAAGGUACUACUCAUGCGCCUGCCCCUCGGGCUGGACACUGGCAGCAGACCAAAUCACCUGUACCAGAGUUGAAGACCCUUUCCUGGUGGUUGUAAGAGACAGCAUCAUCUACGGUAUUUCCUUAAACCCUGACGACAAAAGCAAUGAUGCUAUGGUUCCUGUCGCUGGGCUUCAAAAUGGCUAUGACGUUGACUUCGAUGACAGCGAGCAUGCCAUCUACUGGGUGGAGCAUCCAGGUGAAAUUCACAAAGUGAAUUCAGAUGGUACUAAUAGGACCGAGUUUGCCCCGGCAGCCAUUCUCGGUUCCCCUGUUGGUCUGGCUUUGGACUGGAUCACACAGAACCUGUACUACACCAAUCCCACCACACAGUCCAUUGAGGUAUUAAAGCUAAGAGGGGAGGUACAGUACCGGAAAACUCUAAUCACGAAUAACGGCUCUCCAACUGGCGCCGGCAGCCCUGUUGGCAUUGCAGUGGACCCAGCACGUGGCAAACUGUACUGGACGGACCAGGGAACAGAGAGCGGCAUCUCUGCCAAGGUGGCCUCUGCAGAUAUGGAUGGCUCGAACCCUGUCAUCCUGUUCACCAACAACCUGGACCACAUCGAAUUCCUCACCGUGGACAUCCAGGAGAACAAGCUUUACUGGGCGGUCACAAGCACUGGCACGAUCGAGCGUGGCGAUCCAGAUGGGAGUAACCGUAUCACCGUCGUAGCGGGCCUGUCUCAUCCCUGGGGAGUGGCCGUCUAUCAGAACUUCCUCUACUUCACUGACCGUGACUUCGAAGUGAUCGAGCGUGUGGACAAAUCCACAGGAGCCAACAGAGUUGUGCUGCGGGACAAUGUGUCUGGGCUCAGAGUGCUAAAAGUUCAUUUCAGAGAGACGUCUGCCGGUACAUCCAAUGGCUGCAGCAACAACGCGGGGAUAUGUGAGCACCUCUGCCUGCCUCGGCCGCAGGGCGUGUUCACCUGUGCGUGUGCCACGGGUUUUAAACUUAAUGCAGACAACAGGACCUGCGCGCCCUACCAGUCCUAUGCGGUCAUCUCCACUCUGUCUGCCAUUAAAGGCUUCAGUCUUGAAGGAUCAGACCACUCUGAAGCAAUGGUGCCCGUGGCUGGUAGAGGCCGUAAUGCAUUACACAUUGAUGUGCACAUGGCUUCUGGCUUCAUCUACUGGUGUGACUUCAGCAGCACUGUGGCAAUACAGAACGGGGUCAGACGGAUCAAGCCAGAUGGCUCAGGAUUACGUGCCAUUGUAACAUCUGGAAUAGGACGGAAUGGGAUUCGAGGCAUUGCAGUAGAUUGGGCUGCAGGGAAUUUGUAUUUCACCAACGCCUUCCUGACGGAGACCUAUGUUGAGGUGAUUCGGCUGAACACGACUUUUCGCCGGGUGCUGCUGAAGACCCAGGUGGACAUGCCACGGCACAUUAUAGUGGACCCCCGAAACAGAUACUUGUUCUGGGCUGAUUAUGGUCAAAACCCCAAAAUUGAGCGUGCCCUUUUGGACGGGACCAAUCGCACAGUUUUGGUGUCAUCAGGGAUUAUCACCCCACGAGGCCUCGCUCUGGACUGGCACACAGGCUACGUCUACUGGGUCGACGACUCGCUGGACAUGAUUGCACGAGUGAACCCUCGAGGCGGAGAGACGGAGAUUAUCAGAUAUGGCAGCCGCUACCCGACGCCAUACGGGAUCACAGUGUUUGAGAGCAGUAUAAUAUGGGUGGACAGGAACCUUAAGAAGGUGUUUCAAGCUAGCAAAGAGCCUGGCAAUGCAGAGCAGCCUGCUGUGAUCAGAGACAACAUCAACAUGCUGCGGGACGUUACUAUCUUCGACCAGCGCACCCAGCCUACCGGCGUGCAGGAGCUCAAUCAUAACCCUUGCUUGGAGGCAAAUGGAGGUUGUGCCCACUUCUGCUUCGCCCUCCCCGAUUCUGGCUCAGGCACACAGAAUAAAAAGUGCAGUUGUGCUUUUGGGAAUCUUGGAGCAGAUAACGAGACCUGUGUGGUCUCCAGGGAUGAUUACCUUAUCUAUACUACCGAGAGCACAGUGCGCAGUUUGCGUCUGGACCCCGAUGACCAUGCUGUCCCCUUCCCUGUCAUCAACGUUCCCCGUACCUCGGUGGCCCUGGACUUUGACAUCUCAGACAGGAGGGUUUACUUCACACAGAGCUCAGGGGCCGGAGCCAGCAAGAUCAGCUACAUCAGCUUAUCCUCUCCCUCCUCUGCCCCUGUUGAAGUGGCUUCAGAUCUCGGGGCUCCUGAUGGCAUCGCUUACGACUGGAUAAACAGAAGAAUUUACUACAGCGAUUAUGUCAACCAGAGUAUCAGCUCCAUGUCUGUAGACGGUACUCAAAGAACCUUUAUUGCUCAUGUGUCCAGGCCGAGAGCCAUCAUGCUGGAUCCCUGCAGGGGAUACAUGUAUUGGACCGAUUGGGGAACUCAUGCAAAGAUUGAGCGAGGCACUUUAGGUGGAAACUUCAGGACAGAGAUUGUGAACAGCAGUCUCGUCUGGCCAAACGGCCUGACCCUGGACUAUGAAGAGGAGAGACUUUAUUGGGCAGAUGCCAGCUUACAAAAGAUUGAGCGAUCCUCUCUCACGGGAUCCAACCGCGAGGUCAUUGUCAGCACGGCCAUUUACCCCUUCGCCAUGACCAUGUUCGGCCAGUUCAUUUAUUGGACCGACUGGAACACGCGCAGCAUCUAUCGAGCCAACAAGCAUGACGGCUCUGACCAGACGGUCAUGAUCCAGAACCUUCCAUCCCGACCAAUGGACAUCCAUGUUUUGGCCAGCAGGAAGCAGCAGCAGUGCGACAGUCCCUGCCAGCAGUUCAAUGGUGGCUGCAGCCACAUCUGUACCCCAGGGCCGAAUGGGGCAGAGUGCCAGUGUCCAUCAGAGGGCCGCUGGUACCUGGCCGACAACAAGCACUGCAUCCCUGAUAACGGGACUCGCUGCCAGCCAGGCCAGUUCACCUGUUUGAAUGGACGCUGUAUUCGAGCCCAGUGGAAAUGUGACAAUGACAACGACUGUGGAGAUGGCAGCGAUGAGUUGGAGAGAGUCUGUGCUUUCCACACCUGUGAGCCCACCGUGUUCACUUGUGGCAAUGGCCGAUGUGUGCCCUACCACUACCGCUGCGACCACUACGACGACUGCGGCGAUAACAGUGAUGAAGUGGCCUGUCUCUUCAGACCUUGUGACCCCAACACAGAAUUCACCUGCAAUAAUGGGCGCUGCGUUGCCAAAGAGUACGUUUGCAAUGGAAUCAACAACUGCUACGACAACGGCACCUCCGAUGAGCAGAACUGCCCGGAGAGGACGUGCCAGCCGGAGCACACAAAAUGCCAAUCGACCAAUAUUUGUAUCCCACGUUCAUACUUGUGUGAUGGGGACAACGACUGCGGGGAUAUGAGUGAUGAGAGUCCGACACACUGUGCUGCAUCCACGUGUUCGCAGACUGAGUUCCGAUGCUCCAGCGGUCGCUGCAUCCCCGGCCACUGGUACUGCGAUGGAGGGGCGGACUGCGCCGACGGCUCUGAUGAACCCCUCUCCUGCACCACGCUGAUCAGAACCUGCAACCCGGACCAGUUCCGCUGUGAUGACGGCAGGUGCAUUGCCUCAUCCUGGAUCUGCGAUGGCGACAAUGACUGCGGUGACAUGAGUGACGAAGACCAAAGGCACAACUGUGCCAAUCGCACGUGUUCCAGUGCAGAGUUCACAUGUGUGAACAACCAGCCACCCCAGCGGAAAUGCAUUCCUCGUGACUGGGUGUGUGACGGGGACGCAGACUGUGCCGACGCUCUCGACGAGCGUCAGAACUGCACACGCAGAUCUUGUGGCGUCAAUGAGUUCACCUGCAGUAAUGGCCUCUGCAUACGCAGUUCCUACAGAUGUGAUCGACGCAAUGACUGCGGAGACAGCAGCGAUGAGCAGGGCUGCGUCUACCAGCCCUGCCCUCAGCACCAGUUCACCUGUCAGAACGGCCGCUGCGUGUCCCACGAUUUCGUGUGCGACGGCGACAACGACUGUGGGGACGACUCCGACGAGCUGGAGCACAUGUGUCACACUCCGGCGCCCACGUGCCCCCCCGGUGAGUUCAGAUGUGACAAUGGACACUGCAUUCCCCAGAGGGAGGUGUGCGACAGGAGUGACGACUGCUCUGACAACAGCGACGAGAAAGGAUGUGGCAUUAAUGAAUGUACCGACCCAACCAUUCACCACUGCGAUCACAACUGCACCGACACGCCCACGAGCUUCAUCUGCACCUGCCGGCCCGGCUACCGCCUCAUGUCCGACGGCAAAACGUGCGACGACGUCAACGAGUGCGCCGAGACGCCCAGCGUGUGCAGUCAGGUCUGCGAAAACACCCUGGGCUCCUACGUGUGCAAGUGCGCCCCGGGAUUCCUCAGGGAGCCAGACGGCCGCAGCUGCCGUCAGAACAGCAACAUCUCGCCGUACCUCAUCUUCAGCAACCGCUACUACCUGAGGAACCUGUCGACGGACGGGCAGGCGUACUCGCUCAUCCUGCAGGGCCUCACCAGCGUGGUGGCCUUGGACUUCGACCGCGUGGACAAGCGCCUGUAUUGGGUCGAUGUGAGCCGCAGGGUGAUUGAGAGGAUGUUCUUUAACGGCAGUAGCAGGGAGGUGGUAGUCAACGGAGUCCUGCACGGGGAGGGCCUGGCAGUCGACUGGAUAGCCAGAAAACUCUACUGGGUGGACAGCUUCCUGGAUUGCCUCAAAGUCUCCGAACUUGAUGGCCGCUUUGUCAGGAAGCUGGCUGAACACUGCGUGGACGCCAACAACACAUACUGCUUCGAAAACCCCAGAGGAAUCGUGCUGCAUCCCAAAUAUGGGUAUGUUUACUGGACUGACUGGGGAGAUAAAGCCUUCAUAGGUCGUGUUGGGAUGGAUGGAACCAACAAAACAGCCAUCAUCACCACAAAGAUCGAGUGGCCAAAUGGCAUCACGAUCGACUACACCAACGACAAGUUGUACUGGUCCGAUGCUCACCUUAAUUAUAUUGAAUAUUCUGAUCUGGAUGGUCAUCACAGACACACAGUGUAUGAUGGGAACUUGCCGCACCCGUUCGCCAUCACUAUUUUUGCGGACAGCGUGUAUUGGACGGACUGGAACACGCGGACCGUGGAGAAAGGCAACAAAUACGACGGAUCUGAUCGUCAAGCCCUGGUUAACACCACACACAGGCCAUUUGACAUCCACGUGUGCCACCCAUACAGACAGCCCAUCGUAAACAAUCCCUGCGCGGUGAACAAUGGAGGCUGCUCUCACCUGUGCUUGAUCCGUCACGGGGGACGAGAGCACACUUGCGAAUGCCCCGACCACUUCCUGACUGUGCAAAUAGGCGGUGCGACCCGAUGCCUUCCCAUGUGCACCAGCACCCAGUACAGAUGUGCAAACAACGAACGAUGUAUUCCGAUCUGGUGGAAAUGCGACGGUCAGAGCGACUGCAGAGACGGCUCAGAUGAGCCUUCCACCUGUCCGCCUCGACACUGCCGGCUCGGCCAGUUUCAGUGCAGUGAUGGAAACUGCACCAGUCCACAUUUCCUCUGUAACAGCAACCGGGACUGUCACGACGGCUCUGACGAAGACGCUGUGCUGUGUGCUACACACCAGUGCGAAGCCCACCAGUGGCAGUGUGCCAAUAAGCGAUGCAUCCCUGAGUCCUGGCAGUGUGACGGUGAGGACGACUGCGGGGAUCAGUCGGACGAAGACCCUUCCCACUGCUCCUCCAGGACCUGUCGGCCCGGACAAUUCAAAUGCCGCAAUGGACGGUGCAUCCCGCAAAGCUGGAAGUGUGACGUUGAUGAUGACUGCGGCGACAACUCUGAUGAGCCUUUAGAGGAGUGCAUGGGGCCGGCAUAUCGAUGUGACAACCACACAGAAUUCAGCUGCAAGGCAAACUACCGCUGCGUGCCUCUGUGGUCGGUUUGCAAUGGCCACAACGACUGCAGAGACAACAGUGAUGAGCAGGGCUGCGAUGAGGUGACCUGCGAUCCGAACGGAGACUUCCGCUGUGACAACCACCGCUGCAUCCCGCUGCGAUGGAGCUGCGACGGGGACAAUGACUGCGGGGACAACUCCGACGAGCGCAGCUGCACGCCACGCGCAUGCACGGAGAGCGAGUUUCGCUGUGAUAAUCUGCGCUGCAUUCCCGACCGUUGGGUCUGUGACCAUGACAACGACUGUGAGGACAACUCGGAUGAAAGGGACUGUGAGUUGCGAACAUGUCAUCCUGGAUACUUCCAGUGCGGCAGUGGACACUGCAUCGCUGAGCGUUUCAAAUGUGACGGCAACGCUGACUGUCUGGACUACACGGAUGAGACGUCUUGUCCCACCCGGUUUCCCAACGGCACGUACUGCCCCCCCUUUCUGUUUGAGUGCAAGAACCACGUUUGUGUUCAGCCUCAGUGGAAGUGUGAUGGAGACGAUGACUGCAGAGACGGCUCGGACGAGGAGCUUCACCUCUGCCUGGACAUCCAGUGUGAAACCCCUUUCCGUUUCCGCUGCGACAACAACCGCUGCAUCUACAGCCACGAGCUGUGUAACUCUGUGGACGACUGCGGCGACGGCUCCGACGAGCGACAGGAAAACUGUCUAAGCCCCUCACAUGGCCCCUGUACAGAGGAUGAGUACAAAUGUGGGAACGGACAGUGCAUCCCGCUGCAGUACGCCUGUGACGAUUAUGACGACUGUGGCGAUCAGUCCGAUGAGCUUGGCUGCCACCACGGCAGUGGGCACACAUGCAGUGCCAAUGUAUGUGAACACAACUGCACAGACCUCACAGAGGGAGGCUUCCUCUGCUCCUGCAGACCCGGUUAUAAGCCCAAAGCAACAGAAAGACACACCUGUGAAGACGUGAAUGAGUGUGAGGUCUAUGGGACGUGUCCUCAGGAUUGUAAGAACACAAAGGGCAGCUAUGAGUGUUUCUGCGCCGAGGGUUUUCUCUCUUUUGGUGAGCCGCAUGGGACCGAGUGUGCUGCUCAAGGAAAUCCGCCAGUGCUGCUUUUGCCCGACAACGUACGGAUCCGACGCUUCAACCUGUCCUCUGAGCAGUACUCAGACUACGUGGACAACAGCGAGCACAUCCAAGCCUUGGACUACCUGUGGGAUCCGGAGGGUGAAGGCCUCAGUGUUGUUUACUGGACAGUUUUGGGUCGCGGCUCUCAGUUUGGCUCCAUCAAACGUGCCUAUAUGACCACAUUCAACGACUUUGGCAACAACCCGGUGAAAGAGGUGGAUCUGAACUUACGCUACAUCGCCAAUCCUGAUGGUAUUGCCGUGGACUGGGUCGGCAGGCACAUUUACUGGACAGAUUCAGGAACCAAUAGAAUCGAAGUGGCAAAACUGGAUGGACGAUACAGAAAGUGGUUGAUCCACACUGACCUCGACCAGCCUGCUGCUAUUGUAGUGAAUCCAUCGCUGGGGAUGAUGUACUGGACAGACUGGGGCCGGAAACCCAGAAUAGAGUCUGCAUGGAUGGACGGUCAGCACAGAAAAGCUCUGGUCCAAGAGGAGGACCUGGGCUGGCCUACUGGUCUGACUGUGGACUAUCUCAACGGAGACAGGGUCUACUGGUGUGACUCCAAAGAAAACAUCAUUGAGUCCAUGAAGCCGGACGGCACAGACAGGAAGAUUGUCAUAUCAGGAGACAUUGGACACCCGUACAGCCUGGAUAUCUUUGAGGGCCAUGUGUACUGGACGUCGAAAGACAAAGGCGAGGUGUGGAGGACAAACAAGUUUGGGCAAGGAAGCAAAGUCAAAGUUCUCACCAUCAAUCCCUGGCUGACCCAAGUCCGUAUUUACCAGGAGCACCGACACAACCAGUCAGUGCCCAACCCUUGCAAGAAUGUGUGCAGUCACCUCUGUCUUCUGCGGCCGGGCGGGUACACCUGCGCCUGUCCGCAGGGCUCCUCUCUGGUGGCGUUUGACUCGAACGAAUGUGACGCAGCCAUUGAGGCUCCUGUUGCAAUGCCCCUUGCAUGUAGAUGCAUGAAUGGUGGAACCUGCUACACUGAUGAAGGGGGUCUGCCAAAAUGCAAAUGUCCAUACGGCUAUGCGGGCAGCUACUGUGAGAUGGGGAAGUCCAGAGGAGCGCCAGCAGGAACAGCCGUGGCCGUCCUGCUGGCUGUCAUCAUCAUCCUCAUCACCGGAGCUUUGGCAGUCGGGGUUUUCCUCAACUACAAACGGACGGGCUCGUUCAUCCCCUCCAUGCCCAAACUGCCCAGCCUCAGCAGCCUGGUGAAAUCUGCUGACACGGGGAACGGGGUGACGUUUCGGUCGGGCGAUAAUGUCGAUCUUGGACCGUCGCACAUUGGAGUGUCUUUCAUCGACACGGCCAUGCAGAUGGACGAUAACUUCGCCAUGGAAGCCGGGAGGCAGCCAAUCACAUUUGAAAACCCGCUCUAUGCCACUGCUCCAGUGUCGGGUGAUCCAGCUGUCAUCCAUGCCACACAGGUAACAGUGAACGUAAGUGGCGAGCAGCUGGAGAACAACUUUGUGAACCCGGCGUACCGCGGCGAUCCCAGCGGAGGCGUCGUGAACACGUCUUCAGCCAACGCCAAACCUGUUCAGGAGUCAAAGUGGAGCCUCUUCAAACGGAAGCUAAAGCCGAGCACCACAUUUGAAAACCCUUCAUACUCAGAGAUGAAGGAUGAGAAGCCAGCAGGAAGUAGCGAGGACCCCUCUGCCCCCGAGCCCUCUCCGUUCGCGCCCGCUGCCAAACCUCAGAAGCGGGAUCGUCCCAGCACCUUCUCGCCCACGGAGGACAGCUUCAAAGACACGGCCAACCUUGUCAAAGAGGACAGCGACGUAUAACGUCCCCUCUCUCUCAUAGACGGAAAUGGAAAAAAAAA